UUGCAUUAGCAAGAGAGCAAGUUGCUCCAGUUGUUCCUGGGCAGGAGAAUUUGAAAGGGUGCCUCAGAGGACAAUCUUCAGGGAGGCAGGGGGAGCACCUACCUCCCCUGGUAGGGGAGAAAAUGCUUGUUUUUUUUGAGCUUUACCAGAAAGCCCAGUUUUCUGCCAACCUUAGCCUUAAAGGUUAUUCUUAAUUAAAGAAGCCUGUUUCAACUUGAAGACACCCGUAUCAGGUGAAUGGACAGCCAGCCACCGCAAUGAAAGAAAUUAAACAAGGAAUAACCUAUGCUGAACCAAAGCUUCAACUGUCUCCAAGUGUUUCCUGACACGCAUUUUUGCCUACAAUCCAUCACAACUGAAGAAUGGGGCUCAACUUGACACUGACAAAACUACCAGAUCAUGAGCUGCACGGCCAAGGGAGUAACACUCCAAGUAACAUGAGUGAUGGACCGGGAAAGAACACCACCGCUCACAAUGAAUUUGACACUAUUGUCUUGCCUGUGCUUUACCUCAUUAUAUUCAUAGCGAGCAUCUUGCUGAAUGGGCUAGCAGUGUGGAUCUUCUUCCACAUCAGGAAUAAAACCAGCUUCAUAUUUUAUCUGAAAAACAUAGUGGUUGCUGACCUCAUAAUGACACUGACAUUUCCCUUUAGAAUAGUACAUGAUGCAGGAUUUGGACCUUGGUAUUUCAAGUUUAUCCUCUGUAGAUACACUUCAGUUUUAUUUUAUGCAAACAUGUACACUUCCAUCGUGUUUCUAGGGCUGAUAAGCAUUGAUCGCUAUCUGAAGGUGGUAAAGCCAUUUGGGGACUCUCGUAUGUACAGUAUAACUUUUACCAAGGUCUUAUCUGUCUGUGUUUGGGUGAUCAUGGCUGUUCUCUCCUUGCCAAACAUCAUCCUAACAAAUGGUCAGCCGACUAAGGAAAACAUUCAUGACUGCGUGAAACUUAAAAGUCCCUUAGGAGUCAAAUGGCAUAAAGCAGUCAUUUAUGUCAACAGCUGUUUGUUUGUGGCUGUGCUGGUGAUACUGAUUGGAUGUUACAUAGCCAUAUCCAGGUACAUCCAUAAAUCCAGCAGGCAAUUCAUAAGUCAGUCAAGCCGAAAGCGAAAGCAUAACCAAAGUAUUAGGGUGGUUGUGGCUGUAUUUUUUACGUGCUUUCUACCAUAUCACUUGUGCAGAAUUCCUUUUACGUUUAGUCACUUGGACAGGCUUUUAGAUGAAUCUGCACAUAAAAUUCUGUAUUACUGCAAAGAAAUGACACUUUUCUUGUCUGCAUGCAAUGUGUGUCUGGAUCCAAUCAUUUACUUUUUCAUGUGUAGGUCAUUUUCAAGAAGGCUAUUCAAGAAAUCAAACAUCAGGACCAGGAGUGAAAGCAUCAGAUCCCUGCAAAGUGUCAGGAGAUCGGAAGUUCGCAUAUAUUAUGAUUAUACUGAUGUAUAGGGGUUACAGGCCACAAGGCCGCCUUCUCUCAUUUGUUAAAGUGAAUAUGUAAAAAGUGUAAAUAAAUGUUUCUUUUGAUUAUCUUU